ACUUCCGCACUCGGAGUCGGAGGCGAACUUUUAAGGUUGUAUAUGUUAAUUACGAAUAGUAUUCAAGCAUCACGACUAAAGUUUAACAUACGCGGUGGUCUUUUAAAAACGUGUAGUAAGUAUUUUAUGCAAAAAGAAAUCUGCCUUCAAGUGUCAUUUUAGCCUAAUCGUCCACAAAAAUCUUGGUUCUUCACUUUGAAUCGUAUCGUGCAUUUAGGUGAUCUGCCUUUUUCCACCUUAACAGACCCAAGGUGGCGCCCAUACUUUUUUUGUGCAUGACGUCAAACGUAUACAAGACACAAAACAGGCAUUUUUUUCUUGAAUAUUUCCUAUGACGAAUAUGGACAGAUAGCUUCCCUGCAGCCGAUUUCCAAACCAUCCUGACUGCGACAACUAAAGGCUCAUCUUCCAUCAUUUCGGGAGGAACAAGAAUUGCAAACAUAACCGCAACAAAGCUACCGACCUGAUGUUUUGCUGCUUUGGGCUUUAAUCAGCGUUGACACCAAGUGCCCUGCCAGCCUGCAAUUAAUGAUUGGAUCUCUGUUGUGCUGAGAGGAGUCCUGUCACAGCUGUCACCAUGAGAAAUACAGCAGUAGCACAAAGAACCGUGAUUGCUCUGGACACCUGUCAUACCACCUGCUGAUGAACUAAGCUCUUUCAGUUGGCCAGAGUGCGGCACAGGCCCGAGCCGGUGACCGACGCACCCGGCGCCAUGAUGGAGGGAGGCAUGCAGCUGCUGAACCGCGACGGCCACAGCAUCUCGCACAACUCCAAGCGCCACUACCACGACUCCUUCGUGUCCAUGAACAGGAUGCGACAGCGCGGGCUGCUGUGCGAUAUUGUGCUGCACGUCUCCAACAAAGAAAUCAAGGCGCACAAAGUGGUGCUGGCUUCUUGCAGCCCUUACUUCCACGCCAUGUUUACCAAUGAGAUGUCAGAGAGUCGUCAGACCCACGUGACGUUACAUGAUAUUGACCCCCAAGCGUUGGAGCAGCUCAUUCAGUACACUUACACAGCGGAGAUCGUGGUCGGGGAGGGUAACGUUCAGACGUUGCUUCCAGCGGCUAGCCUGCUGCAACUCAACGGGGUGCGAGACGCCUGCUGCAAGUUCCUCCUCAGCCAGCUGGACCCCUCGAACUGCCUGGGCAUCCGAGGCUUUGCUGACACACACUCCUGCAGCGACCUUCUCAAGUCGGCGCACAAGUAUGUCCUGCAACACUUUGUGGAGGUGUCCAAGACAGAGGAGUUCAUGCUGCUGCCAUUGAAACAGGUGCUGGAUUUGAUUUCCAGUGACAACCUGAACGUACCAUCUGAAGAGGAAGUGUACCGGGCUGUUCUGAGCUGGGUGAAACAUGACAUAGAUGGGCGUCGGCAACACGUUCCAUGGUUGAUGAAGUGCGUGCGGCUGCCACUGCUGAGGCGAGACUUCCUGAUGAGCAAUGUGGACACAGAGCUGCUGGUGCGUCACCACUCGGAGUGCAAGGACCUGCUGAUCGAGGCUCUGAAGUAUCACCUGAUGCCCGAACAGAGAGGCGUGCUCAGUAACAGCCGGACGCGACCUCGUCGCUGCGAGGGCGCCAGUCCCGUCCUCUUUGCUGUUGGUGGAGGCAGCCUGUUUGCUAUUCAUGGAGACUGCGAAGCAUAUGAUACCAGGACAGACCGCUGGCACAUGGUGGCAUCCAUGUCCACUCGUCGGGCCCGGGUGGGCGUGGCAGCCAUUGGGAACAGACUGUAUGCUGUUGGCGGGUAUGAUGGGACCUCGGAUCUGGCAACUGUGGAGUCAUAUGACCCCAUCACUAACUCCUGGCAGCCUGAGGUUUCCAUGGGAACGCGGCGGAGCUGUUUGGGUGUGGCGGUCUUGCAUGGAUUGUUGUAUGCAGCGGGGGGUUAUGAUGGAGCUUCCUGUCUCAAUAGCGCAGAGCGUUUUGAUCCUCUGACCGGCACAUGGACCUCAAUUGCUGCCAUGAGCACACGCAGGAGAUACGUUAGAGUCGCAACUCUAGAUGGCAACUUGUAUGCGGUAGGUGGUUACGACAGUUCCUCGCAUCUUGCAACGGUGGAGAAGUACGAUCCUCAGAGCAGCACAUGGACACCCAUUGCCAAUAUGCUGAGUCGACGCAGCAGUGCCGGCGUGGCCGUCCUGGACGGCAUGCUGUAUGUCGCAGGAGGUAAUGACGGCACCAGCUGCCUGAACUCAGUGGAAAGGUUCAACCCCAAGACCAACACGUGGGAGGGAGUGUCUGCCAUGAACAUCCGCAGGAGCACUCACGACUUGGUGGCGAUGGAUGGCUGGCUGUACGCCGUGGGAGGCAACGACGGCAGCUCCAGUCUCAACUCCAUCGAGAAGUACAACCCGCGAAGCAACAAAUGGGUGGCGGCCUCCUGUAUGUUCACCCGCCGCAGCAGCGUAGGCGUGGCUGUGCUGGAACUGCUCAACUUCCCGCCGCCGUCCUCGCCCACGCUGUCCGUGUCCUCCACGAGCCUUUGACACGGGGUCAUCGCUUGGCUGACUUCAGCCGCCGCUGCUACACCCCAGACUGGUUCUGGGAAGAGACGUAACUGCUCAUUUUGAGAGGGAGCAAGAUGAAGAUGAGGUGUGUGUGUGUGUGGAGGGGGUGU